AUGAUCUGGUACCUGCUCUACGCAUUCCGCGGUACCACAGAGCCCCCCAAGCUCUCGUCGGAGCACCCCAUCCGUAGGGCUUUCGCCAGCUAUGGGAACGCCACCGCCCGCCAUUGGCUCUUCUCGCUCCUGCUGUCCGUCGCCGUCGCCGUCUUCCUCUGCUACCCCGUCGUCUUCCUCUACGAGAGCCCGGCCGCCGGCGGCCUCCCCCACCAUGUCUGGACCUCGGUCAGAACCUACGACGGCCCGCUCGACGCGACUCCGGACGUCGAGAUGCGCCAGCUCUGGGUCCACGGCAGCUAUAUGAAGGCAUUGGAUGCGCGCGUGCUGCGCGACGCGCUCGAGAUCCAGGACACGCUCAUUGGGCCUGGCUUCGGUCACGAGCUGGGCGGUGGUGUGAACAUCACGGGAGACGACGACGCGACUGCCGAUGGUCCGUCGGAGGGCUCGCAGGAGCUUGCCGGCUGCUGCAGCGACCACGUCUCCGAGGUUACCGCUUGGAGCUGCCAUUCGCCGCUCAUGUACUGGAACUGCUCGUUGCCCGUCCUCGAGGACGAUGCCGAUGUCUUGCGCACGGUCAAUUCCCAGAGAGGGCGCCGAUCGUCCUACAAUUUCACCCUCCAGCCGCUCUCCGUCUUUGCUGGCAAGUCCUUCAAUGGCACCCGUCUCCUUGCCGCCGAUGCCCUCGUCAUUACCAUUUUCGACCGCUCUGGAGGUACCAUCGCCGAAGAAUUCGACAGGCGGUCACGCAGGCUGGCGCUCGACGCCUCCGAACGCUGGAAUUUCUAUCCUGUGUCCGGGUCCACAUACCGGAACCGCCUCUACGAGUUUCGGUACCAGCCCAUGAGCAUGAACGAUGCGUGGACCCUUGUCCUGGCCUACUCCCUCAUGCUAUUCUACGUGUUGUUUAGUCUGAGGAAGCUGAAGGCUGUCAAGAGCGUGUUCGGACUCUUUUGCACAGUCAUUGCUCAAAUGUUCAUCUCCAUCUGCUCGAGCUUCACAAUAUGCGGCAUCCUGAGGAUAAACCUGGCCAACGUACCAGGAGAAGCUUACCCGUUCGUCGUGUUGGUCAUUGGCUUGGAAAACAUGAACCAAUUCGUAGACCCGGUGCCUCCACCUCCAAUCAACCAGGCCCGCACCCCGGAGGCAUGGCUGAAGAUGCAGGAUUACAUUUCUGCAAAAGAGCUGAUUGACUUCGUCAAGCCAGGUUCUCACAGCUUCAUCGCCCGUGUUUAUGAGCCUCUGACGGUCGUCAUGAAAGAUGCAGACCGCAGAGGAGCUGCCAAUCAGGUCCCAUCUGUACUCAUAGCCCUCCGCGAUUUGGCAGAACAGCACUUUUUCCCCUUUGCCUUGGCGAUCGUCUUCGCCAUUGCGGCCGUCACCCUUCUCAUGAACUACUUGCUCUGGAACGAACUUCCGGAAGAGGAUGCGGAAUCUGGAAUCGGGGACGACGAACCACUUUCUGUGAGGAGCCUGCCAAAAUCUCACGAGUUGGAUGUCGUCAAAGUGGCGACUUGCAGCCAGGGGCAUUUCGUGGCGAUUAGCUUGGAUCGCCUCACCUCCAUCUGGUUCCUCGAUCAUCGGACGCAUGCGUACUCGCAUGUAAUCCUUCAAACCUCAGCUCUACAACCUCCGCUUUGGCCCAUAGUUGCAACCGCAAUAGACGACACUGGUCACUGGGUCGCAAUCCUGACAGACUCUGGCCGAGUUGCCCUGUGGAGCUUGGCGGAGCGGCGGUUCGUAAAGUCUCGGGUCCUUGACAUCAGGAGUCAAUCGCCAAGCGUCUUUGCCUUCGCAUUCCAUCAGAUGGACGAAGUUGAGAGGCUGAGCCUUCUGGUAGUCUUUCCCGACGGCCGUCUUAACGAGGUUGACUUUCGUACUGGUCAUCUUUGGACUCACCAGAUAUCUGAAGUCGCUCUGGCCAACGCGGCACUGUCGUGCUGUAUAAAAGGACAACCAAAGAUUGUCAGCGUGUCCAAGGACGGUGCCGUUCACCUGUCUUUUCCUUCAUCGGGCGAGUGGUCGUCCGAGACCCUCGACGCUGUCGAAGAUUGGAAGCAUCCGGACCCAACCCACUCAAAGAUCAAGUAUACAUAUCCGAUACCGUCCUUGUGUAUGUUGGCGGCGGUGCGGUCAUCUCAAGUGGAUCUCAUCGAUAUCCCAACUCGGACGCUUGUCCACACUUUUCAGACGGGGCAAAUCAAGGGGCAUACGCUCCGCGUUCUCCACUCGAAGAAGCAGAUAUGCGGAUGCCAUUCGCCCACUGUACCGGAUUUUUCGAUUGUAUAUACCGAUUCCGAGACGCAGGAGUGCAUAAUGCAUACAUACGCCCCCGGGGAAGAGUCAGCAAACGGUCUCAUUUGCCUUCGGCCGCCAGCGCUAGGGGAGGACGAACAUGUCACUUGCUCUGGGUUCGAGAGGGCUACGGAGGCGCUUCACUCGGUCAAGACACCGGGUUCAUGGGAAGCAACAUGCAUACCCUCGGUUGUCGGCAUUCGUAAGCGGCCUGCCAGCGACACUCCGCCUGCGAGGUCGACGUCGUCGGACGUGAGCUAUUUCCCCCUAACGGCGGCGUCUUCGAACCCGUUCCAAAACGGGACAUUGAAACACCGCGACGGCUCCUCCCUCACGGGCAGACAGCAGCCGAACGGGGGGUCGUCAGUGGCCAACGGCUACCAUCGAGUGGCGGCGGCGGUAUCUCCGGGCAGUACAGGGUCGGAAACCGAGGAAUGGGAAGCAUGGACGCUUGCGGCAAACGGUGAGCUCCACACGACCCCUCUGUUGCCCCGUCCACGCAGGGACUCGAUGAGUGAUGUGUACAUGGAGGAGGACUUUGAGGAGGAGCAGCUGUUCGUGUCAAAGCCGGGGCCGAUCGUACGGAUUGGCAAGAAGAGCGUGGCUGUCGGGUUCGGCAACGCUCUCAAGAUCAUCUCGUUGGGGAGCGAGAGGUUUGAAGAGGAGACGACGAACGCGGUCGUGGACUCGGCGACGCUGGGGCUGACUUGGAGGAAGAAAGCACAGGGAAAGAAGGCCGGGGAGCGGGAAAAAGAGCGGGAGCGUAUUGAGAGGAUGGAGCGGGAAAAGGCAUCAUCUGGCGGUGGGCUCAGGUGGGAAGGGCAGGCGUAA